UCUCCUCCUCCCUGCUGCAGUCUCCUUCUCGCCAGUGGGUGAGUUGCCUGGGCUGGAGGGCAGCUGUAUUGUCUCAGAGAUGAAGGAAAGGGGACAGCUAGCUGGGACCCCGAAGUGUGGCCAGGGUGGGGAGCUGCUCAAGGAGGCAUGGCAGUAUGUGCCAAGGCCCACCCUCUGUGCCCCGUGUCCCCACAGACACUAACAGCACAUCAAGAGACCCAGUGGAGAAGAAAGAUGAAACCCCUUUUGGGGUCUCUGUGGCUGUGGGCCUAGCCGUCUCUGCUGCCCUCUUCCUUUCUGCCCUCCUCCUCGUGCUCAACAAAUGUGGACAAAGGAGCAAAUUUGGGAUCAACCGCCCUGCUGUGCUGGCUCCAGAGGAUGGGCUGGCCAUGUCCCUACACUUCAUGACACUGGGUGGCAGUUCUCUUUCCCCUACUGAGGGCAAAGGCUCCGGACUCCAGGGCCACAUCAUGGAGAACCCACAGUACUUCAGUGAUACUUGUGUCCAUCACAUCAAGCGCCAGGACAUCAUCCUCAAGUGGGAGCUAGGGGAGGGAGCCUUUGGAAAAGUCUUUCUUGCUGAGUGCUACAACCUUCUGAAUGAUCAGGACAAGAUGCUGGUGGCUGUCAAGGCACUGAAGGAGGCCUCUGAGAAUGCUCGCCAGGACUUUCAGCGUGAGGCAGAGCUGCUCACCAUGCUACAGCAUCAACACAUCGUGCGCUUCUUUGGAGUCUGCACCGAGGGUGGCCCGUUGCUCAUGGUCUUUGAGUACAUGCGCCAUGGGGACCUCAACCGUUUCCUCCGGUCCCAUGGACCUGAUGCAAAGCUGCUGGCUGGUGGUGAGGAUGUGGCCCCUGGCCCUCUGGGCCUUGGGCAGCUUCUGGCUGUGGCUAGCCAGGUGGCUGCUGGUAUGGUAUACCUAGCUGGCCUGCACUUUGUGCACCGAGACCUGGCCACACGCAACUGUCUGGUGGGUCAGGGACUAGUGGUCAAGAUUGGAGACUUUGGCAUGAGCAGAGACAUCUACAGCACAGACUAUUACCGCGUGGGAGGUCGGACUAUGUUGCCCAUCCGCUGGAUGCCACCCGAGAGCAUCCUCUACCGCAAGUUCAGCACUGAGAGUGAUGUGUGGAGCUUUGGAGUGGUGCUCUGGGAGAUCUUCACCUAUGGAAAGCAGCCCUGGUACCAGCUCUCCAACACCGAGGCGAUCGAGUGCAUCACGCAGGGCCGGGAGCUGGAGCGGCCACGCGCCUGCCCUCCUGAUGUCUACGCCAUCAUGCGUGGCUGCUGGCAGCGAGAACCACAGCAGCGCCUCAGCAUGAAGGAUGUGCACGCUCGUCUGCAGGCCCUGGCACAGGCACCACCCAGUUACCUGGAUGUUCUGGGCUAGGAGCCGAGUCUGGGUGUCAGGCCACCCUGGGUUCCCUCAGCGCCCAGCAGCUACCACACUCCAUCCAGUCUCUCACCCUCAGCAUGUGGAGGGGACCGGCAGGCGGGGAGUAGAGGGUGGCCUUGCUUCAUGGCCAGCAUCCAUCAUCAUAGCAAUUAUAUUUAUUAUCCCUG